CAACAAACCAAGUCUUUUGAUAAACCCCGAUUCUCUCUCUCUCUCUCUCUGUAAGAAGACUUUCUCUCUCUAGAAAGUUCUCUUUCGUUUCAUUUUUUUCUGUUGCAGAGAUGGUGAAGGGUCCUGGACUUUACUCCGAUAUCGGCAAAAAAGCUAGAGAUCUUUUGUACAGGGACUAUGUCAGUGACCAUAAGUUCACAAUCACUACAUACAGCACAACGGGAGUGGCUAUUACCUCAUCUGGUCUGAAGAAAGGUGAAUUAUUCUUGGCGGAUGUUAGCACCCAGCUGAAGAACAAAAACAUUACCACUGAUGUAAAAGUGGACACCAAUUCCAAUGUCUACACUACCAUCACUGUCGAUGAACCUGCACCAGGACUCAAGACAAUUUUCAGCUUUGUCGUACCAGAUCAGAAAUCUGGGAAGGUAGAGCUCCAGUACUUGCAUGAGUAUGCUGGGAUCAACACUAGCAUUGGACUUACAGCAAGUCCUCUAGUCAACUUCUCUGGCGUUGCUGGAAACAAUACCGUUGCUUUGGGCACUGAUCUAUCAUUUGACACUGUCACAGGCAAUUUCACAAAAUGCAAUGCUGGUCUGAGUUUUUCUACUUCUGAUCUGAUUGCUUCCCUAGCAUUGAAUGACAAGGGUGAUACUGUCAGUGCUUCCUACUACCACACGGUGAAGCCAGUGACAAAUACAGCUGUUGGUGCAGAGUUGACUCACAGCUUCUCAAGCAAUGAGAACACACUGACCAUUGGGACACAGCAUUUGUUGGAUCCAUUGACCACGGUGAAGGCUCGCGUUAACAGCUAUGGUAAGGCAAGUGCUCUCAUCCAACACGAAUGGCGACCAAAAUCCCUCUUCACAAUAUCUGGUGAAGUUGACACCAGGGCAAUUGAAAAGAGCGCCAAAAUUGGGUUGGCUGUAGCCCUCAAGCCAUGAGUCUGCUACUACCUUACAGAAAAGUGAGUGAAGCAGUGUUGUUUUGUAUGAUCCUGAGUAAUAAAUUAGAUAGAUUUGUUUCAGCGCAUUAUCUUUCUGCGCCGGUGAGAAUAACCUUCAGCUGGUAAUGCAAACUCAUGAAUUUUUGCUAAUACCCUUCCUAAAUGUUGAUUGAGGGACCGGUUUUUAACUUUUCA